AUGCCGGCACUCGCUUGCGUCAGUGCUCGCACUAGUAGCAGCGGCGAUGCGCGUCCUUUGCCUGCUGGUGCCUGUGCCUGGCGCUCCAACCGCAAUGUCAGCCCUCAGACUUCUACCGACGUCACCUCGUCUUCAUCCAUCGAGCAGCAUGGGCAGCUCAACGGCAGUCCGACAUGGUCUGCCGACCAUGACAACGGUUUGUGCAAGCUGGGACGUGCAGUGAUCACUCUCUGCAGCUUCUGCGAUCAUGGCAGCGGCUGCAGGCCAAACCAUCCUUGCACCGGCUCGCAAUCCGAAACCAUGCCAUCGCCGUCCCGCGUUACCAUGCGCACUAUCGCCGAAAGACCACCGACACUCCGGGCCAGCGUGCAUCGUGCGCGGGGAUUUCUCGCGCCGAGUCUGGUCUCGGCAGCUGUGUGCACGGGACCUUUUCUGUCGGAGUGCAUUGCCUUGCAGGGCCCACCUGGCCAGUGCCUCGUUGUGGUCAGCCCUUGGCUAGUGCAAACCAUGCCGUCGCCAGCUGACAAUGUCGCCGCCUUGCGAAGGAUUGAAAGACCGCGCGGCAACUUCGCCACAGCCGCUUCAGGCGCACUCACCAUUCGGCUCUGUCAAGUUCAAUGUCAUGCCCACCGCAGCAACAUCGGGAGCUGA